AUGGGCGUGGACUGUCAAGCCGGCGCGUGUCGCACGUGGGUGGACGAUGAACUGGACGCCAUGGGGGAGGCGGGCGCGCACAUUCCUCGGCCAGGUGGAUGCUGCGAGGAGGACGUGAAGAAACAAAAAGAAGCGGCGCGCAUGCUCGGCGAGCUGCGCGAAGUCGAUCGCUCGACGGCGAGGAUGCGAAUCGCGGAAGGCGUGGUCGGGGAAUGCGGCGAAGAAGACGCGGACGACGAAGAUUGGGCGAGAUCAGACGGUGACGACGACGACGACGAGGCGCUGCGAGAGAUUCAAGAGGCGCGCUUACGAGAGCUUAAAGGCGCGGCGGCGAUCGCCGCGGCGGAGGCACGAAGAGCGAGAUACGUGGAAAUAAAAGAGAGUGCGCUGGGGGAGACCGUGCGGGCGAGCUCGAGGGUGGUGGCGCACCUGGUGUUGGAGGGCGCGGAGCAGUGCGCUCGCAUCGACGAGGUGUGCGAUGACUUGGCGCCCGUGUUCGCUAAAACGAAGUUCGUGCGCAUAAGGCCAAGUCACGACUCGGCGUUGAUGCGACAACAUCGUAUCAGCGCGCUUCCGGCGAUGCUGAUAUUUAGGCGCGGGCGAUUGACGUUUACGACGUGCGCGCUCGACGACUUCGGUGGCGCGGAAAACUUUGAAGAAGAACGCGUGACGCGAUGGUUGGCGAAGCACGACGCGCUUCCUGGACAUCCGUUCGCUGAAAAAACCGUCACAAACGUCGAUAGCGAUGCAUCAUCGGACGAAGAGAACGAUGAUGCUAGCGAUGAGGAGUUAUUUGGAGUGAAUAAACCAUGCGAGACGUGCGGUCGGACGUACCCGCACAAGCACAUACGGGCGUUACGUCCGGGCGAGUCGAUGCGAAGGGCGGAUGAUUCGGAUGGUGAUUACGACGAUGACGACUUUUAG